ACAGUGAAUUUUUAUCAAAAUCGACCUUCAUGACUGUCAGCAGUCUUGUUUUAUAAAGUGAUUUUGUUAGUUUACCUAUGUGGUUUGUGGAAUAUUUAGUAGUUACCUGAGUGACCUGUGGGUUCUGCUGAAGAGUUUCAAGAGCGUAUUUGGUUAGUCGACGCCAAUGUUCAGCGGAACCGUACGGGUGAAACUAUGCGAGGCUUGCGGGUUGAGACCUACAGAUUUUCAAACACGUUUAGGGUUAUGGGAUCAUAUCGAUCCCUAUGUGGCCAUAGAUGUGGAUGAAAAUCAUUUGGACAGAUCUACAACAAAACCAAAGACGUCCGAGCCUGUGUGGAAUGAGUUCUUCACUCAUGAUGUUCAGAAUGCUGCCAACCUAGGACUGACGGUUUUCCAUGAUGCCGCCAUUCCGCCGGACGAUUUCGUAGCUAAUUGCACAAUUUCCUUUGAGGAAUUGUUGCAGCGAGACAAGGAAGCUGUCGACUUUUGGGUGGAUUUAGAACCUCAGGGAAAAAUACACAUCAGAGUGGAUUUAAAAUGGAGCUCUCAAGGAGAGCAACAGAGCCCGAAGCCGCGCGAGUUCAAGGAGCGCCAGGGCCUGAACCGGCGUCGCGGUGCCAUGCGGCGUCGCGUGCAUCAGGUCAACGGCCACAAGUUCAUGGCCACUUUCCUGCGGCAGCCCACCUUCUGCUCCCACUGUCGCGAGUUCAUCUGGGGUCUUGGAAAGCAAGGCUAUCAAUGCCAAGUGUGUACCUGUGUUGUACAUAAACGUUGCCACAAUCUUGUUGUAACCAAAUGCCCUGGAAUGAAAGACGAGGUAACUGAUGAAUCGAGCCAAGGAUGUCAAGGACAAAGAUUCAGUGUAAACCUGCCGCAUCGUUUUGUCAUGCACAACUAUAAGCGAUUCACGUUCUGUGAUCAUUGUGGCUCUCUACUCUAUGGACUCAUAAGGCAGGGUCUGCAGUGUGAAGUGUGCAGCAUGAACGUCCAUAAGCGAUGCCAGAAGAACGUGGCCAACAACUGCGGUAUAAAUGUGAAGGACUUGGCCAAAAUACUGUCCAAAAUGGGCAUCUCUCCCAACCGGCCUAAGCUCCCCGCCCAGUCUGGAGGAUCGAGUAGUGGUGGAGCAGAGAAAGGGGGAGGAGCCGAGGGGGGCAGCGGGGGGGUGUCUCCCAUGCCAUCCGAUGACGACCCCAGUCCUAGCAAGCAGGAGUCAGAUAAGCGCGCAGAUUCCAAAUCCGAAGACAAAGGUCGAACUGAUGCAAGAAAGAUGAGCGUCGAUGAUUUUCAUUUUAUUAAAGUUCUUGGGAAAGGAAGCUUCGGUAAAGUAAUGCUGGCUGAGAAGAAAGGAUCCGAAGAAAUAUAUGCUGUCAAGGUUCUAAAGAAAGAUGUUAUAAUUCAAGACGAUGACGUAGAUUGUACAAUGACGGAAAAAAGGAUCCUCGCUCUGGCAGCCAAGCAUCCUUUCCUCACAGCCUUGCACUCGUGUUUCCAAACCAAGGAGCGAUUAUUUUUCGUGAUGGAGUACGUGAAUGGAGGCGAUCUUAUGUUUCAAAUUCAACGAGCGAGAAAAUUCGAUGAACCGAGAGCGCGAUUCUAUGCAGCUGAAGUUACGUUAGCACUGCAAUUCUUACACAAGCAUGGAGUGGUUUAUAGGGAUUUAAAAUUGGAUAACAUACUAUUAGAUAACGAAGGACAUUGCAAACUAGCUGAUUUCGGAAUGUGUAAAGAAGGCAUCUUGGAUGGAGCGACUACAACAACGUUUUGUGGAACCCCUGACUACAUUGCUCCAGAAAUUUUGCAAGAACUUGACUACGGCCCUAGUGUGGACUGGUGGGCGCUCGGUGUUCUCAUGUACGAAAUGAUGGCCGGCCAACCGCCGUUCGAGGCGGACAACGAGGACGACCUUUUCGAGUCGAUUCUACACGAUGACGUCCUCUAUCCUGUCUGGCUCACCAAAGAAGCUGUUUCCAUACUCAAAGGAUUCAUGACUAAGAAUCCGAGCAAGCGGUUGGGGUGUGUGAGCGCUCAUGGAGCUGAAGCUGCAAUUCGGGCUCAUUCAUUUUUCAAAGAUGUCGAUUGGGAUGCCCUCGAAAAUCGAAGGGUAAAGCCUCCCUUCAAACCUAAGAUUAAAAGUAAAAAGGAUGCGCUGAACUUCGACGCGGAAUUCACGAAAGAGGAGCCGGUGCUGACGCCGAUGAACGCCGACGCCAUCCGCUCCAUCAACCAGGACGAGUUCAAGGGCUUCUCGUUCGUCAACCCGGACUACAACCCCUCUCGCUUCCACCACCAUCCUGACAACUAAACUACGCUAUCCUAUGCUAUUCAUGUAUGCUACCCCUGCUAGUCUCUAGCUAACAAUUAGUCAUUAAUUGUCUCGGUUCCUUCAGCUGCCAAUUUACUCCCAACUCUCAUAAUUUAUUACCAGUAUUUUCAUCGAUUAAUUGAGUCAUUUGAAAAUAGUAUUUUCGAACAUAAUAUAUCAUCGAGAUUAUUGAUUUUAUAUGGAUAUUUAUAACUACAUGUAUUUAUUUAUUAUAGUUAUUAUUUUAAUGUAUUCCAUUCAGCAUUUCUUAAAUUAACUACUGUAAAAAUAUGAUAAUAAUCAAAAACUGUAAUGAAGAAGAAGACCAUUGCAUAGAAAUGGCUUACGCUAAAGUCAAUUAUUGUAAUUUUCACAAUUUAUUUUCCAAAAUAAUUGUUAACCUGAUGACAAUUCUUGUCAACCUGGUUAAAAUAUUCUUCAUUACGUUCGCAUAAUUUAUAUUUCACCUAUAUAUUUAUACACAUGAAUACAGGUUUAGUGCAGAAUGUACUUCUUCUAUACACUUUCCUUGUACAAAUUAAUUUACGUUUCCGCAGUAUUAAUUAUAAAUAUCGGUGAUCAAUGCAUUUUAACCUUAGAUUCUUGAGCUUUUCUAAAACACUAGUCUAUUUCGAACAUUUCAUUUUGUAUUAAAUAAUACUGUAUUUUAUUUUUGUAUAAUUUUCAUUUGGAACAUGAGUUACUCGCCUUUCCAACAGAUAAUCCAGUAUUCUUAAUUUCACUAGUAAUAUCCUACAAGGAUAAUUCAUUAAAAGAUUCUAUCAUCUUUGAUAGUAGUUCACAUUUCAAUAAUAGUGGGCUCUGAUAUUAAAAAUAAUUUACUGCAAGGUCCAACUUAUUGUCCCACUUUGCUACAGUGGUACAUUUUUCUCGCCAUAAAUUGAUACAUGUACAACAUAUCUUUGAGCUCACUUUGGAUGUGUCUCAGAUUGCUUCAAAUAAAUCUUCUUUCGCUGAAAAAUACGAUUUUUUGGGAAGGUGAAUCUGUUUUCCACAAUAUUUUCUUCUAGGAUUGUUAGAUUGUGAAUAUCACAAACACGUAACUGUAAUGCAAUCAUGAAUUGAAAUUACAUUAAGACUAAAACUCAUUGAUCAUCAACUGUUCAAUUGACAACGUUUCACUAUAAUUUCUGAAACUUUCUCCUUAUUCGGAAAACCCCAUGUAAAACUAGGAACUACUUGUACCAUUGGGUUUUAUUCAAUCCAUUCGACUGUUCUCAAUCCUAAACAAUUCUGAGAAUCUUCCUAAUCCUGCAAAAUUAAUUAUGUUUGGGGUUUAUUCUCCAACGUUUGUUAUUGUUUUAUUACUUUAACUUAGUGUGUCAUUGCCAGUUUAUUUUUGCUGUAUUUGAAGUACAGCAAUAUGUAAUAUACAUGAAUCGAUAACAAGACAUACGAAUGUAUGAUUAUUAAAACGAAGUAUUUUCCAUCCAUUAGAUAUUAUUUUUAUCAACUUCAUGUAUUUUUAUAAGUAUAUUAAAAGUAUGGUAGAUAAUGGGGAAGAAGAAAAGAAUUUUUUAAUUUUCUGUGUUAUUGAAACCGAAAGAGAAUCAAGAAAUAAUGAUUUUCAAAUGACUAUUAAUUUUAUUAUUGUAAAACAAAUAAAUACGGUACGUUUAUAAAAUAUUACGCUCAUGAAUCUAAGGAAAUACAUAAAUUAUUGAGGUAGAUUCCUCAGUUGUGUGAGAUAACUGUGUUGGAAGUGUGAUUGGUAUUAAGGUGGGAUCAUAGGUGAAUUAAAAUCUAUUAUGUCAUUAAAAUUAUAUUGAACGUUCUCGAUGUUCAUGUAAAUUGAAUGUUUUGAUCUUCGUAGUUUAAUAAAAUAACAAGUUAUUAAUAUUCUUCUAUCAUUAUGAAUUUAUUUAUAAUCAAGAUGAAGAUAUGUGAUUGGUUUUCAUACUUGAUUAUUCGUUUUUCUAUCUUCAGUGAAGAUCUUAUCACUCAUAAUGUAUUUAGGUGUUAACGUGUACCAUUUUAUUUCAUCACCACUCUCUUGUUCAAAGCUAAUUCUUUUUGAAUGACAAUUGUUACCACUUCUCAGAAGGAAAGUUGUUUUACUAACUCAUUAAUUAUUUUGUUGAGAUGUGUUUAAAACAAUAUAAUUAUAAUUAUUUUAUUACUUAGUUAUUCAUCACUAUUAUAAUGUUUGCUAAUGUUUGUGCUUUUAUUCAAAAAGGCGUAAGGCAUUAAAUUUGGAUAUUUGAUAUUUAAAAUUUGUUAUGUAUUUAGAUAGUUUCAAUAAUUUUUGCUGACAAUUUCACUUGCUUUCUGUAAUAAAUUAUACUAUAUUUUUUCUGGAUGCCAUAAAAUGACUUAUCAGCGCUGUUUAAUCUAUUUCAAAAAAUAGCAGUUGGUUACGAAAUAUUAUGUAAAUAUGAAUGGAUGUUUUGUAGUCAUUCGAAAUAUAUGUGUAAAAUAAUGUGAUAGCCUUCAUCAAAUGAAUUCUAUUUCUUCUGUCUCAUGUAUCUUGUUUGAACAAGUGUUAUCAGCGUCAUAGUUAAUGUACUAGAUUAUAAAAUCAUUAGUUGGACGACACUUUUACGUUGUAUUCACCUCUUUGUUAAAUGCAGUCUAAUUAGCGAAAGCUCAAUGCGAUCGCUGUUGAAAAUGUAGAUAUGAUUAACACAAAAAUGUUCAACGCACAUUUAUACAAAUUGUAAAAUAACUAGGCAUUCAUGCUAAUUUUACAAAUAUCGCAUCAAUUUUUACUUUCAAUGAGCAUAUUCUGUCGAAAUUGAGACUUAUUCAGAAAUAAUUAGUAUGUUGAAGAAAAUUCAAGCUUCCAGUGUUUAUUUGAGUGGCCUAUUCAGCUAGCUAAAUUAGGUUAGGUCUUGUUUACGGGUUUUAUAUGUAAAAAUUCUAUUAAAAUUAAUAUUAUAUAAUCUAUGUUAAUGUGAAUAUACUUUCUGGGUCUCUGAACAACAUAGUGCAAGGGGUAGUCCAACUGGAGUAUUUAAAGAAAAAUACACUUGAAGUUCGUUGUUUUCCCUGAGACAUUGAUCAAUUAGACUCGACUGUCUGUCCAGUUGAUCUAAUCCAUUCCAUUCAUUUAUUGAUUCACAAUUUAUUAAAAUUAACAUAUAAAAUUGAUUUUUUUAAAAUAAUAUGUUGUGAAUUAUUAUGAGCGUUCCAUCAUCCAGAUAUGAUUGACUUGAUAUUGUGCAAUCUAUUACCCAUAAAUAGAAAAUUACCCAGUUUUAAUUAACUUGUUUUGUUUAUGAUUUCUUGCAUUGAUGAAAUAUAUUUAUUUAUUCUUCGGUAUUAAUUGUUGGUUGCAUUAUAUGGAAACUACAAAUACGUUUUAGAAAAUCAUUUGAUUCUUUCCGUGUUUCUCAACUAGUUUGAAAAUUACUCGCUGUAAUUUAUUUUUCAUUCUCUGAAAUUUACUUGAGAUUCUUAUAUGGAUUGCAAUAAUUAAUUACCAUUUAUGCUAUGUGGGUUGGAUACCUUAUUAAUAGUGGAAGUAAUAUUUCACGUUUAAAGUUGCCAUGUUCUACAAAACAGAUUGCUUGAAAAACAGUAUUCAAUCUACGAUUUGAUCGUGUCAUCCAUCAUAUUAUCAAACAAUUAAUAUCAUUACUAAUCUCACUGAGUUUAUUAUUCCUUGAAAAAUGAAUUCAUUUUUCAUUUUUUUUCAUCUUUUUUACAUUAGUGCGACUGCUUCAUGAGGACAAGUUGAUUGAUUUAGGCUAUACGUUGUAAGUGUCCAUUGCCUCUUCACUUCAGAUUGCUAUCAAUAAUAAUAGACUACAUUUUGAGAAUGUAUUCUGUAAAUUAUAUCUGAUAACUUUUAUUAUGUAUUUUUACGUUUGUUUCGAUGCAUUCAUGAUUUUUAUGGCAAAUACGUUGAGAAAAACCUUUCUUAGUAAUUUAAAAAAGUCAUGUUUCUAUGUCCAUGAAGGAAUGACUAGCUUUUAAUCAUAUUUGACUACUGUAAUUUAUAGAACAAAAUGUCAACGUAAUCUUUUGAAUUAUAAGGGAUGCAAAUUCAUAAAUGAAUAUUAAUUUUAAAUUUGAUAUUCAAGGAUUUAUAUAAGAUGCAUUAAGAAUCCAUUUAUAUUUUUCUUUUAUGUUAUCUAAGACAAGGCAAACCCGAUCACUCUGCAGAGUGAAUUAGAUUAUUAAAAAUAUUGUUGAAUUAUUGUUUAUCUCUACUGUUUCUACUGCUAUUGUAAAUUGAAAACUAAUAAAUACUAUAUUGCUUUACUGAGAAUUGUAAUGAAGUGCAGCGCAUCUAUCGAGUGUCAUUACAGUUCACGGGCUUCUAAGCUACUAUUCCAAUUCAUGUCUAGCAUGAUAUUUGUAUUAACUGUAAUUUUGAUUUAUUCGAUUUCCAGCAUUUUCAUUGAUAUCAUUUGACAGGAAAACAAAUUUCGUUCCUUGUUGUUGUUGAUGUUGUUGUUGUUGAUGUUGUAAUUAGUAUGCUAAUGCCUUCAUAAUUAUUAUUACAGUACAUAUAAACUUAAAUAUUAUAACAUAAAUAACGUAUAUUACCUUUUAGCUGUGAUGUUAGAUUUUUAGUUGUAUGUUGAAUGACGUGUAAAUUUUACUAAACAUUCAAAUGUAUUUAAUUUCGUGUUUUUAGAUAAAAUGUAAAUAUAUAUCAGUAUUUAACCUUUAGAUUCUCCAAUACUAUCAAUUCAAAUUGAAUUAUUCAUAUUCUUCAUACUAUAAAUUGAAUUAUUCAAUUCAAAGGCAUUUUUAUUGGUUUGUCAUUAUAGAAGUAAAUGAGAGGAUUCGUGGACAAGUCUCAUCAAUCAACAUUACAUUUGUAAUCAAUGAAUUUUGUAUUCACUUCUGUUUUAAUUAGUCAAUUUAAAAAAUAUUUACGGACAGUAUAUCAAUGACAGAUGCACAAAUCUGAGUGACUAAUUUUUCAAUUCUAUUUUCCAGAGGAAAAAAUCUGUUUAAAAUUGUAUCAAUAAAUUCCUCAAUAGCUCUUACUAGCGGUUGUUACUUGCAGUUUUCAAUUGUGGGCAUUAUUUCAUAAUAAUUUGAAAUCCCUGUAUUAUUGAAAAAAUCUGUCAAUUUACUUGUUGUGAACACUUUGGCUCAGUGUGCAACAUUUGCAUUGACAAGUUUUGCAUUGUGUCACUUUUUAGGAAUCAGGUAGGCCUACUUGUUCCAUAAACUUGAGAGCAGCUGACAACAAGGUGCCCAUAAGAAGAGGGAACACCCCUGCAAAUUACCUCUCUCUUCUCGUUAUGCGCAACAUGUUGUUGGCUGUUCUUUCAACAAUACAACAGGCCGUGACACUCUCAUAUUUCAAUUAUCAUGAUUACUCACAUUUGAACUCGGUAAAACACUUCUUUUAAUAAGUUAAACAUUGAAAUUAUUUGAAGAUUUAGUUGAAGGUAAUAUUAUUUUUGAACCUUUUGUUUGAUUUUUAGUUGCAUCUUUUUUCUCUCAUCCCAAACACUAAUUGUAUUCUUUCGUCAAGUAACUGUUUUUUCUGAUAUUAUUCACGUAAUUUAUUAUAAAAAUGUAUUUAUACUGGGUUUAAAUACUAGAAUGAAAUGUAUUCUCUCUAUCAUUGAAUAACUCUUCCGUCAUUCCACUGAGUAAAUGACGAAUAACGAUUUCUAGUCCCAUCUGAUAUCAGGGAGUCGAAACUUUUUUAUUUUAAUAGAUAUUAUUUUUAAAUAUCAUAAAUUUCAUUUAUUUUUAAAUAUAAAUAGUUUAAUUACAUCUUUUAUUUUAUUAUUUCAUAGUUCACCCGAACUAGAUUUUUUAUUCACAAUAGGUGCAAAAUAUACAAGAGUGUGUUUAGCACUAAAACUACUCUCAUUGGUUUGAUCUCCAAUGUUUAGGGUCAUAUCAGUUUUUAAGGUUUUUUAUACGUUUAUUAUAGAUUUUGUCAUUUUUAUUUUGACUCAUACUAGUCAUUUUAAUCUGUGAAUGUUUUUCACCAUUAUUCAUUCUUAUUGCUCCUACAUUUUUCUUAGCUGAAGAUAUCAAAAUAAUAAUUGUUGAUGACUUUUUAGAUGAAUUUAAUUUGGUUAAUAUUAUUUUAUUUUUGAAUUGUUAAAAAAAGAUUAUUAAUUGAUUCUUUCAACGAAUAAUUUCUGAGUGACAGUAUAGUUUUUUCACGAUUGAUAUUGCAUUCUCCUUAGAUUGCAGAAACAAAUUUUUCAAGUUGAACUGUUUUAACAUAUUAUGGCUGAGAAUUUAAAUAUAAUUGAUCAAGGAAUAAGUAUAGAAUCGGCUGAAUUUAGCAACUGCACAAGAAAACUCGACAACCUUUCGUUAACGUAUUCGAGUUGAAUUAUGAGACUUGGUAAUUUUUCAAUUGAUUUAUGAAAAGUCUAGUAAAAUUGUUAAUUUGAGUUUGUUGCAAACGGAGGACAAAGUGAAGACAUUGAGUUUGUGAAUUAGCUGUGUAAUUCAGUUAGAAUAACGUUAAUUGGAAAACAGGCUACAAACAUUAGUUAUUGAGAAGCGCACAAAAGGAGGUGAUAUCUGUUGAAACAUGUAAAUAGAUAAAUUUUGUCCAUCAGCAUUAGAAGACAACUGUUAUCAGUUCAUCAUUAACUCCAUUGUAUCCCCAGUGUAUAACUUUAUGCAUAUUCUCUAUAUUAAAAGAUAUAAAAAAAUAAGCUUAGCACCUAAGAAUAUUCUCAAAUUCUCUAGUCAAAUUGAUAGGGCCGGCUAGAAGGUUAUUUAUCAUCUAUUGUUUUCAAAAAUGAUAUUGUUCUAUUGCACACGAUUGUUUCUAGAAAUGUUGAAUAACUGUAAUAUUUGAUGGUAGAUGAGCUUUCUUUCUUCUAACUACUAGAAGAGACUUCUAAGAUGACGAUUCUAAUUAUAUUCAAAUUACAUUAUUGUAUUAUCAAAUCUAAUCAUUGUGUAACGAGCGUGUAAUCAAAUUUCACAGUACAACAAUUUCAAUUAUUACAUUUUAAGAAAGAAAAGGCAGAGUUAUUGUGAAUAGUAUGGUAUUAGUAUUUUGAUUUUUUGUUAUUUCAGAAAAUUCAAUUUAUCAUCUCUAUGUGAAUACCUUUUCAUUACAUUUAUGGUAAUUUUGUUUUCGUAUUAUAGCCUAAUUCAGUUUUAUUUUUAUAUAAAUUAUUGUAUUAUUUGCAUUUGUAGCCCAUGACAAUUUUAUAAAUUUUCACACCAAAGAUUUCAAGGCUGUUCUUAUUACACAUUUGUAGAAUAGGAAUGACUUGAUACACUAGUAAUUUCUAGAAAUUAAUGUAAACUGUUCGUUUAUUAUACGCUUGUUCAUUACGCUUUCAUUAUAACGUGUAUAUUAUCAAAUUGACUUCUCGUUCUGUAUUAUUACAUUGCAGCACGAUAGAAGAGUUGAUACGAUUUGAACAAAGAAAUAUUAAAUUAAUGCAUAUUAUAAGAGAUUUCAUUGUAAUAUUGAGUGAGCUAUGCAUUAUUUAUGAUUUUGUAAUGUAAUGUUAUAUUAUAAAAAUCAAAAUAUCAAUUGCGCUAAUUGUAAAUGAUGAUCACAGAUUUCUAGAAGUAAUGUGCAGAUAUAUGCUUUUAAUCAAUAUUGCAUUACAAAUAUUAUUAGGAAGAUUCAAUGUAUUUUAAAACUGCCUGCAGUAAUGUGGAUGCUUUUAAUGUAUGUAAGAUUUAAAAAUAUCUAUAGACGUAUAAGUACGAUAAAGAUGUAAUGCUUGUGUAUUCACUUGUUUAUCAAUAAGUAAAAUAGGUUAAUUAUUUUGUAUUGUUGAAAGUAUCAAUGUAUUUAAAUAUGUAUAUUUUCUGAAAGCUUGACUGGAGUAAUGUGAAGACAGUGGCUAGCUUAACAAUUAUUAGAAUAGCAUUUAAUUAUUAUCUAUCUAGCCAAAGAGAUGAAUGGUUCAUUUUGUAAGCUAGUGCCAAAUAAUUGAAAAAUUAUUCUGGUUUUACGCUAAAUAAAAUUUGAGUUGAAAUGCCACUGAAUUUACAUUCACUCAGAAAUUUGCAACUAGAUGCACAAGCGUUCGUUGUGAUUUGUUUCAACUUGAAUUUAUUCAACUUGUUGCCAAUUUUAAUUUUAUUUGAUGUGAAUAAAGUGAUGAAAUUUAAUGCCAU